CCCCUCUUUCCCCAAGCAGCAGCCUGAAGUACGUCAGCAGUAAUUGUGUGCCUGGCUCGGCAGGGAGGGUGGAGGCAAAAUUGGUAUCAAAUAAGGGUCUCAAACUGAGAUCUCGAUGUUCCAUUUAAGUUGUUGCUCAUUUUCAUUAGCCAUGCCAGGGGUGAAAAGCUUAUAACUUAAACACCCUCUGUAGUAACAACAUUUAUUUUUGAUGGAUUUAUGUUUUUCUUCUCCAUAAAGCUGGAAUGAGGGUUGUAGUGGAUAUAAAUGAAGGGGUUUCUUUAGCCUUUUUUCAUUUUAUCACUUACUAAUCAGACUUCAGUUCAGACAGAUAAAAGGGAGAGAUUCUGUUGCCUAAAUGUGAGGUCUUUAAUGAGAAUGGGAGGCCCCAGGGAGGCGAAAUCCGAAGUAGAACGAUGCUGCUCUCGGGUUUCUUGUCAUUUCUUCAGUUGCUUCUUCGCCUCCCUUUUCCAAGGGGCCUAGUGAGCAGGAACUAUCCAAGGUGCUAGAAUGCUGGCAGCUUUGCCGUUCAAUGCAGACGGACUGCAGAAACAGAGAAGAAAGAUUACUGCUUAUUUCAGAAGAAUAUAAUCAAAUGAGGCACCUUAGCCAGCCUGGGUGAUUGCUUCGAGUCUUGUAAUCAUCUGUGUAGCAAAGUGGGUAAAAUCAUUCAAUUUCUUCCCUGCUGGACCUGGAAAGAGAGGGGCUGUGUGUUCAUCCCCACCCAUUAGCUAUGCCCUCUUUUCUCUGAAUGUCGAUUUAAGGAAGCAGGCACCUGUCUUCUGCCACCGCAUCUUCCUAGCAAACUUUAAAGGCCAUUUUAUCUGAUAGGAAGAAUAUCAACGAUGCUCUGAUCUCUAGUGAUGAAGAAUCUGGGAAUGGACACUUUCCCCAUCCAGAUGCAAUGCACUUUAAUUGAAGAAAAACUGAGCUGAACUACAAGUCUAUUUCUUAUGGUGCUGGAUUACUCCUACAGAACUGCCCAGAGAUCAACCGCGAGAGAGGGCUCUGACAGACACUAGUCACCUUCUGAUUGUUGCACUUAGCUCUCCCUGGAGACGUAAAUUUUGGAAGUGUUCCUUUUUACAUGAUCCCCUCCAAGAUGAUGAGUUCUAAUCCCGAGGUAGACCCUUUGGACACAUUUCUCCAAUAUAUCGAGGACAUGGGGAUGAAGGCCUAUGAUGGCUUGGUUAUUCAGAAUGCAUCAGACAUUGCUCGAGAGAAUGACCGCUUGAGAAAUGAAACCAACCUGGCCUACUUGAAGGAGAAGAACGAAAAACGCCGAAGACAAGAAGAAGCAAUAAAACGCAUAGGUGGCGAAGUGGGGCGGGGCCACGAAGGCACUUACGCGGGCAAACAUUUCCGCAUGGGAUUCAUGACGAUGCCCGCUCCUCAGGACAGACUUCCCCAUCCCUGCUCCAGCGGCUUUUCCGUGAGGUCCCAGUCCCUGCACUCGGUCGGGGGCACCGAGGACGACAGCAGCUGUGGCUCCCGCAGGCAGCCGCCCCCCAAGCCCAAGCGGGACCCCAGCACCAAGCUGAGCACGUCGUCCGAGACGGUCAACAGCACGGCGCCCGGCAAGAGCGGCAAGGCCGCCGAGCGGCCCGAAGUGUCCACCAAACCGAGACCCCACAGUGAUGAAUAUUCCAAGAAGAUCCCUCCUCCCAAACCCAAACGCAACCCGAACACUCAGCUGAGCACCUCUUUCGAUGAAACGUACAUCAAGAAGCACGGGCCGCGGAGGACGUCGCUCCCGCGCGACCCCUCCCUGUCCCAUGUCAGCAGCCCUGCGGGCGACCCCGAGGAGGAGGAGCCCGUGUACAUCGAGAUGGUGGGCAACAUCCUCAGAGACUUCAGGAAGGAGGACGACGACCAGAGCGAGGCCGUCUACGAGGAGAUGAAAUACCCCAUCUUCGACGACUUGGGCCAAGAUUCCAAAUGUGACCUUGACCAUCACAGUUGCUCUUCGCAGUGUGCUACUCCCACGGUGCCUGACUCGGACUUCGCCAAGUCCUCCGUGCCAUGUACUCCAAAGGGUUUGCUCUGUGACAUCCCCCCGCCCUUCCCCAACCUGCUCUCCCACAGACCCCCGCUGCUGGUGUUCCCCCCCGCGCCCGUGCAGUGCUCCCCCAAUUCCGACGAGUCUCCGCUCACCCCGCUAGAGGUCACCAAGCUGCCCGUGCUGGAAAACGUGUCUUACAUGAAGCAGCAGCCGGGCGCGUCGCCGUCCGCACUGCCCUCCCACGCCUCCGGCCAUCCCAAGCUGGACAAAGAGCAGGCGGCGGCCCUGGGCCCGAGCCCCGCGGCCUCCACCGCCACCGCGCUGUCCUCGUCCCCUCCCCCGCCGUCCACGCUGUACCGGACGCAGUCCCCGCACGGCUACCCGAAGAGCCACUCGGCCUCGCCGUCGCCGGUCAGCAUGGGGCGGUCCCUGACCCCGCUCAGCCUCAAGCGGCCGCCGCCCUACGACGCGGUGCACCCGGGCAGCCUGUCCAGGGGCUCCCCGGCGGGGCCACAUCCGAGCGCCAGGCCCGUGUCGCAGGACGGGUCCAAGAUGGUCAACGCCGCGGUGAACACCUACGGCCCCGCGCCGGGCGCCUCCCGCUCCAGGACCCCCACGAGCCCCUUGGAAGAACUGACCAGCCUCUUCACCUCUGGGCGGAGCCUGCUGCGCAAGUCGUCGUCGAGCGGCCGCAGGUCUAAGGACCCCGCAGAGAAAUCAACAGAGGAACUGAAAGUCCGAAGUCACAGCACGGAGCCAUUACCAAAGUUGGAGAGCAAAGAGAGAGGGCAUCACGGGGCAUCUUCCAGAGAGCCUAUCAAAGCUCAGGAAUGGGAUGGAACACCAGGACCGCCUGUAGUCACCAGCAGACUGGGAAGAUGCUCCGUAAGCCCCACCUUGUUAGCAGGAAACCAUAGCUCAGAAGCGAAAGUAAGCUGCAAAUUAGGCCGGUCUGCGUCCACAUCAGGUGUGCCCCCUCCAUCAGUGACGCCUCUCAGGCAAGCCAGUGACCCGCAACAGAGCCAGGUGGCAUGCAUGCAGUGGUUUCAUGGAGACCAUACAAUGCUUGAGAUGAUUGAGAAAAAGCGUUGCUUGUGCAAGGAAAUAAAAGCUAGACAGAAAACGGAAAAAGGCCUUUGCAAACAGGAUAGCAUGCCUAUCCUACCCAGCUGGAAGAAGAAUGCAGGGGCAAAGAAGUACAGCCCUCCACCCUACUCUAAGCAGCAAACGGUGUUCUGGGACACCGCCAUAUGACUGUGCGCAGGAUGGCGUGAGGUCCACACGGAGAGGGAGGUCGACUCAGUCUUGAGAUAAAGAACUGUUACGUGUCUUCUCUGUCGGGAUGGAAUGCCAGUGCUUCCCCGGAAAACCCAUGGGAAGCUGUGCCUACUCACAGGCAACUUCAACAUAAAAUGUAUAUUAAUUGUAUCCUUGCAAUUAAGACACUUAUUUAUCCCGGAUUAUUUUGAAUCCAAAAGAUAUUAAGAUGUAAAUAUUUUACUAGUUUAUGGGUGACACCUGAAAUAAUACACAUUAUACGGAUAUAAAUUACAGAAAUAUCGAGAGUUUUACUAUAUGAUAUAAUUUCGGUAUUAACUGGUUUGUUAUCUCUUUUAUAUGUAAUCCCUUGAUGCCUUUUAUUAUUAAUUUUUGCAUUUAAGACGUUAUUAUUUUUUUUCUGUCCACAUUUGGCUUCUGUAUGAGAGCUCACAGCUAUAAAAAUCAUGUUCAAUCACAUAAUAUAAGAUCUGGUGCUAGUAAUGUAGAAAUCGAGUAUCAUAUUCGUCAAGAACAUCUGUUGCUUUGUAAGUUUCUAAGGAUUUGACAGGAAAUGAAUGCAAAUGUGAUGCUUAAUUUGGACGUCCACAUUACAUCAAUACCAAUAUUUUUGCUACAUUGGCUUUAUAAGAAUUUCUCUUCAAUAUUGUCUUGUUUAUACUAAGCAAUCAUUAGACUCCAGAGAAAGUUAUUAGGAUAUAUUUGGAUUUCCCAGCAGAAAACAUUUCCUUCAGAAAUGACUUUAGGGACAUGUGUCCUUGCAUCAUUGAUCUGAUUGGAGGAGACCAGGGUUCACUGUGACAAUGGAAGGAAUAAGGAAUCAAUAGCUAAAUAGCAUGACUGCUUUCAAGAAAGCAGGACCAGGGGCCUCACAGCCACUGCAAUCACUAUUUUUAAGUAACUUUUCACGUGUGUGUUUGUUUCCCCUAGAAAAUGAGAAAUAAACAUUCAGACGGACGCAUUUACAUAUUUUAGUACAUUAAAUGCCAAUCUGUCUCAAAAUUAAGGCCCAUUAACAAACUAGUGUUUCUUAAGUUUUUUCAAACGAGUUCUCACCACAUUUUGGGGUCACAAUCUUCUGUGCAUGACCAUCACACCCGUUCUUACUGCUUAGGACACCAUGACCAAAGAGUUUUGACCCCUUGUUUCUUUUAUUUUGUUUCCAGGAAGAAGCGGGAAAUGCAGGGGAGAGGGGGUGGAAGGGGUGGAUUCAAUUUUAUGUGGUGGUAAAAUUUAAGUUAAACAAAUCAUAUAUAUCUUUUAAGAAUAACUUGUUAGUUGAAUAUAAAUAUUGCCACGGAUGAAUAAAAAGGAAACUAUCGCGUAUAUUUUGUAAUAUUUAAAUUACUAUCUAUGCUUCCUAAAAUUGACAGUAUGUGAUUCUUCUUUAACAAUCAAUUUAGUAUUAUAUUUCUGAGAGAAAAAGGUACGUGUUUGAAGUUAUUGUCAUAGUGGUUUUCCUCGUAAGGGUGUUGACAGCAAGAGUCACUGCUGCUCAAUAAAACCAAAUAACAGGAGUUAGGGAAUUUUUGUAAUCUAUAUUGCUAACAACCUAGUGAUGCUUUACCAGUAAUCGUUCCUUUCAAGCCUUUGAAAUGCUAUAAAAUAAUUUUUUAAUAUUUUAUAAGUAAUGGAUAUUUUGAUGUCCAACUAGAAUUCUGAAAGAAUAAGGAAAAAGGGUAAGUGGGAGCAUAUGUAUCUGUUGUUUUUGCGUGAAUGAGUUCUCAGCAGAACUGUAUAUGUACAGUGCUUACUGAGGUUUUAGGUUUUGCUUGUAUCACUGAAGUGGUAAAAAAACAAACAAACAAAAAAGCAGGAUCACAAGUACAGGAAAUCAUGGAGAGAUCUUAAGUGGCUUCAAUAAAUCCUACUGCCGUGUUUCACCAGUUAGAGAUUAUAUUUCAAACCCAACAAUCAAUGGAGUACCAAUCGAAGAGGGAUGGAAAUGUGUUCAGAUAAAAUCAGCAUAGACAUAAAAUGUGCUGAGGACCCAGGUUAGCCUGAUUCAGGCCAUUCUGACCACAGGUACUCAAGCCAAUCAAUGAGGCGUAAGACAUCAAUUCUCAGCAUCUUGAUGAUCUUGGUGUAUGUCUAUGUAUAUUCAGGCUCAGUAUGGUAAUGGCUGGAUAAUUCCUUUGAAAUUUAUAUUUCGGUAACGUAUCCAAGUGUGUUUUUCAGAUGCCAAUCUUUCCCCCUAUCUUUCUGAAUAAGGGAGAAGAUAUUUCUCACUGCUGGCCACUUGUCAAGAAGGAAACAGAGGUACUGAAAUGAUGUGUGUUGGAUUCAGACAUUCCCAUUUGUUCUGCCAAACUCAUGAUGUUGCCAGGUUUCAUGGACUCUUUUUUCAAGCAAGUUAUUUUCUGAGAAGGCAGCUUGUUUGAAAAUCUGACCUUGGGCAACUAUUUCUAUUUAAUAUCUCCAAAUCUUCCUUUCCACGGGAAGUAAUUGAACGAUCUGGAAAAGUGGCUUCGCUGAUAUUUGACUCCGUAACUUUUAUUCAGUGCCCAAACCCCUGUCCAUUGCAGCUUAGCUGAUAGGGCUAUAACCAUUCUAUAAUUAAUUUUCUCUUUGUGUAGCGUUUCUUUGUAUGGAGAAAAAGAAGUCAUUAGGAUACAAAGAAAAAUCAGUGUAUUCUCUCGUGGCAGGCAACCAGGAUGCUUCAGUCUGUGAACUUGGUCAGAUGAUCAACAUUCCACAUACAGAACACAAUGGGAAGGUAUAGCUCAUAUGUUUAGCAGUGCCAAAGAGCAAAUGGUAUCCUGGCAUGGUUAUUGGGUGGGAAGAGCUCAUACCUAUGAGAAAUGGUCUUUUCACAGCAAAUUUUACAGAAACAGAACUUUAUUGGCUGUCAGCAAGAUGCUUUUCUGUAGGAAGAACUUGUUAGCACACAAGAGACCAAUUUCUUUAGAGUCCAUGUAAGGGAAAAAUCAAAUUCUGCAUUUCUGUGCAAUGCCAGAAACUAGCAUCUUCUGAGGUUUUAUGGCAGUUCCUCACAGGAACACUGCUACCCUUUCCCCCAUAUUUAUGCUGCGGACCCAAGUUCAGGUGAAGGUGAUUGAUUUGCGUUAAGUGAAGGUUAAUGUCCACCCAUACAAAAUAUUCGGGAAAGUGAAAGAAAGCAAAAAUUAAGAGGUUAACGUUUGUGGUUUUAAAGAAUAUACACAUUCAAAUAUCCAGAAAUGGUCUGGAUACCACAAGAUACAACUUCCCUUUUCAAAACAGGAUAUUGGGACUUGGGACACAGAGGUUCCAUAUAGUUUUGUUGAAUGCUUCCAGAGAAUAGAGAAACAUUUUUCUUACUACACUCUGGCUUUGGCCUCAUCCUCACAUAUCAUUUGGUUUGACUCUUUGGGCACGUUUAGUAAUCAAGUAAAGAAAGAAAGAAAAAGAAAAGAACUAAGCAACCUUUUUGGGUUAUAGUUUUAAUGAACUAUAUAGAAGGCAUCAAAACAAUGCACGUUAACGAUACAAUUUAAAUAUCACCUAUAUGUUAAAGUGAAUCACUUCACUAAAGCAGAAAAGAGAUUGUAAGUUCAUUAUGGCUACCUAUAAAAUUAAAAAAAAAAAAACUUUCCUCUGAUUUAAGCAGUAGGUGAUCUGAGAGGAGAUACAAUUUACCCUUUUAAAGGAAUACAAGUAGGAUGGAAUAACAAUUCAUAGGGCAUUGUAUCCCAAACUUAAAUGGAACUGAAGAAAAAUGGUACCUAUAAUAUGUAAGAUUAACUUACUACAUCUUCCCUCCAUGGGAACAUUGAUAGCUAAUUGUAGAAUGUGGACAAUUUAUUAAUUUAUUAUUAGCAGUUCAUGGUUGAGAAACGUAUUAGUUAUUUUUAAAAAUUCUGUGAAGCACUUGGAAUUAAAUAUUCAAAAAGAUAUGAUCCCUGCCUUCAAGGAACUUAAUUAUGCAAUCCUUAAAGUUUCAAAACAAAGCCAAUUAUUUCUAAGAAGGUAUACAAUAUCACAUGUUUGACAUCUCCUUUGUGUUUAUAUAUGGUAUUCUCUCUUUUUUUCCAGAUCAAGUGUACAGCCGAAAAAAAUACUAAAACAUAUUAAAGUUAAUGUCUAAGUAUAAAAUGUUUAUGUAUAAGACUCUAUAUGUACACAUAGGAUAUGUACUGCUGUCUAUGUAUCUCAGUAAAAGGAUAACACGUUUGCCAUGUUGGACUUGAACAUUGUGGCUUGUUGUUUGGAUUGAUUUAAAACCCUUUGAUAUUUGGGUCAAUUACAUUGCAGCAAAGUGUGUGUAAUCUGGAAAAAAAAAACCAUCUGAUUACAUUUCCCUUUAAAUAUUACACAGUUUCAAAUUUAAGGGGAAACACCUUUACAGAAACAUUGCUGGAUUUAUCGCAACCAAGUACGUGUGAAGAUCUUGUCAAAGUGUUCAAUUGUCCCCAAAUGUGACUGGGUUCGCCCACCCUAAAAACAUCUACAUUUACACAUGUAUACACCCACAUACAGUAUACAUACUGUAUAUAAUAUAUAUGAAAAUGUUUAGUAUGCACUUCUUUUGUUUGGAACUCCUUGAGUUAACAUUUAUAGUGUAGCAAUUGGCAUAAAGUGCACUGUGAUUAUAAAAAGCAAAGCACAGUAAAGUCACAGGUCUUGUUAUCUUGCACUAAAAAUGUGUUUACGUAUUUAGCAAUUGUAUGUUUACUUUUUUGCUCUUUUCAAGAAACUAAAACAAAUAGCUAUUGAGAGAUGAUAUAAAAUAUUGUUUUCUAGUGGAUAAUGGCACGACAUUUUUAAAAGACAGGGUUUUUAAAAGAAACCAUUAAACAUCCAUUUCAACAUAACGUGUUUACCGUAUCGAAGAAGCUGAAUGUCAUAUUACAUUUUCAUAACUCAUUAAAAAUGUCAGGUAUGUGCCUGAAAAAUUGUGCAAAUAAGCAUUAGCUAACAGAUUUCUCUAUUCAUGUGUUGUUAGCCAUUUCUAUAUGCAUAUUAAUAUAAACACUGAUGUUUUAAUUUCUCUUAAUUUUUGUACUUGAUUUUUUUAGGUAACAUGUAAUUAUAAAUGUACUUUGAUACUACUGAAGUAACCAGAUGUUGUUGGGAAACAAUUUGUUUUCUUUAGUGCAUUGGCAAUAUUUUACAAUACUUUUGUGCUUAUUUAUUUGUGCUCCCGUGUAAUUAUAAUAAAAGCAAUAGUUUAAAUUAGUUGACUUUGUUGCUGUUGGUAUUCAUUCACCAAGAAACACAAUUUGUGAGAAUCUUUCGAAGAAAAACCCAUACAGUUUUCAACUUCAGGAGUGAUCCCUGACAUUGUAUGUAUCAUGGACGAGCAGCAGGGGUGAAUAGUGAGACCCUAGACUCUUCAAUUUAGCUAAGUGACCCCCAGUGGUCCUCAAUCACCACUUGGCUUCUGCCUCAUACAGAGGAGUCACUAAAAUAAGAAGAAACGACACUUUUCUUCCUUCAAUAUGCACCUAAUUCCAAUUAAAUGACUCAGCAUGGGUCUGAAAUAUGCUGGAGGCAUUAAGAAAAAAUCCAGCCAUCUUAGACCUGCGUAUAUAAAACGUUUAUGGCAUGGGUGUUUGCCACGUUCAUGCAUUCAAUCAUACCUCUGAAAUUAAUUUAGUUUAAAUAGGGAACAAGUGUUUGUGGUUAACACUUACUGGGGUUAUCAAUAGCUAAAAUGUCAUUGGGCACUUGACAUAUGUAAAACAAGGUUCUGGAACUCGGCAAGCUUACACAAAAAAAGUAUACUUGUGAUAAUAUAGUCUCCUGUAAUAGUUUCUUAUGGCUGCUUCAUCAAUCACUUACAUCUUCUGCCACAGGUCCAAUUGCAGUGUGAUUUACUAUAAUUUUAUAAUUCCUCAAAUUCUUUUCAUGUUCAUUUCUUAAAAGAAAUCCAGUCUAUCCCCACCAUUUAGCCCCUCAUCCAGCCACUCCGUGUUCUGUGGGCACUGUACUUGAGGGUUGAACCAGAACUAAUCAUGCUCCACAUCGUCAAUGCUGCAAGUUUCCAUCCAUCUCAGCUCACAACAAGAAGUACCCCCAUAUUCUAUAUCAUCUCUUCUAUUUUCGCAACUGCCACUAAGACUUAUUUGUUUCCAACUUUAUGAUCUCAGAAUCUGAUUAAUUAUGUUGAUAGUAGAAUACAUGAUAAAACAAUGUCCAUUCUCCUCUGGCCAUUUGCACAGGAGAGGAUUCUUAUUAACAUGUGUAAGUGAAUAGCUAUCAGUAGAAUGUCAGGCAAUGUGACAGACUAGGAGAUUGGAAGAGGAGGAAGUUUAUGCAGGGGGCACCUGGGUGGCUCAGUCUGUUGAGCAUCUGACUUCGGCUCAGGUCAUGAUCUCACGGCCUGUGAGUUAGAGCCCCGCAUCGGUCUCUGUGCUGACAGCUCAGAGUCUGAAGUCUGCUUUGGAUUCUGUGUCUCCUUCUCUCUCUGUCCAUCCCCACUCAUGCUUUCUCUCUCUUUCUCUCUCUCUCGAAAAUAAACAUUAAAAAAAGGUUUAUGGAUAAAUUUGCACAACAUCACCUCAAAUCAUGUCCCCUAGAAUUGUGCUUCUCAUACUUUGCUACAUAGAAGAGUCAUGCUGGCAAUUUCUAAAAUCUAUUGUCCACAAAGCAUCCUGCGGGGAGUCCCAACCUUGUUAAAUUUGGAAGGUACUCAAGAGACUCCAGUGUGUGGCCAAAAUUGAGGAUUAGAUCAGUACCUCUCCAAGUUUAACAAACAUGCCUAUCGCCUGCCGAUCGUAUUAACAUACACGUUCUGAUUCAUCAGAGUCUGAGAUGUGGCAUUUCUAGAAGAUCCCAGGAGAUGCUGAUGCUGUCCGUCCAUAGACUAUUUACUAAGCAACGACUCCCAGAUGACUCACUUCUCUGCCAAUUAUCAGGUAGCCUUUGGUACCACACUCUAGAGCACUGGUACUCAAAGUGUACUUCACAGAUGGACAACAUAGAAUUAUCUUGGGACUGGUUAGAAAUGCAAAAUCUUAAGCUCCACCCUAGAUGGAUCUCUGGAGCUGAGAUGCACGAAUCUUUGGGGCUGGGCUUCAUUGAUCUGUUAUAGCAAGCUAUCCAGAUGAUUCUUAUUCACAGUAAGGCUUGAGAAACAGUGCCCUGGAUCAUUGCCCAGGUGUGGUUUUCGACCACGGCAGCUCAUUACAUUCCUCUCGGGAUAUUUUAUUUAUUACUGAUGGCUGGGCUCACUUCUAUUGAUUCUGGGUUUAUCAGGCUAGGUUUCAGGGCUAGACAAUUUUUCCUUCCUUUCCUUCACCCCCCCCCAUCUCUUCCUUCGUAUCCUUUCUGCUUUCUUCCCCACAACCUCCCAGAUGAUUAGAAUAUGAAGCUGUUACUGAGAAAGCUAUAUUAAAGAAUCACCUCUGUUCCAUAUAUUGGAAAUUGUGUCACGUUCACCAGAAACAAUAUUUUGUCCACAGCACCAAAUGCAAAAAAUGUGUCCACUCAUAGCCCUACUGUUAAUUAGAGGCACCUCAUGGCAAACAGUACUGCUGUGGGGAGAAACUUCCAGCUUUUGGUUAAAUCAAUUCUUUGUGAUUAGGUGUCCAUCUGCCCUCUGAAGAAGUCAAUAUUCUAUGAGGACAGGGAUGUUAUUUUUAAUGUUUGUUUAUU